AUGGAGUGUAAACCAGCUAUCACGACCGUCUCUCUUGGUUCAUUUAUUUCUCACAGCAUUACGGAGAAAAUCGACCAAGCUGCUGGACAUGGCUUCAAAGGGAUUGAACUCUUCAUUGACGACCUUGAGGCCCUCGCAAGAGACAACUACUCUCCCCCUGGUACAUCAGAGCCCUCGUAUGAUGCCAUCAUGGAUGCUGCUACUCAAGUCCGUCAGCAAUGCGACAAACUGGACAUUGAAAUUCUAAACUUGCAGCCUUUGCGUUUCUACGAGGGUCUUGUCGAUCGCAAAAGCCGCGACCAUAUUUUAAAUGACACACUUCCCAUCUGGAUGGAUGCGCUCAAGAUUCUUGGGGCAGAUACGAUUCUCGUUCCCUCCAACUUUCUCUCUCCAGAUCCCGAGACUAAGCUCCCUCGAACAACCGGUGACUUGCAAGUCAUUGUCGAUGAUCUUCGCGAACUAGCCACUCGAGGCGCCCAACGCGAACCCCCCAUAAAAUUUGCCUAUGAAGCCCUGGCCUGGGGGACACAUGUCAACACAUGGGAAAAGACUUGGGAGAUUGUGCAGGCAGUUGACCGACCCAAUCUCGGCCUUGCUCUAGAUACUUUCAACAUCGCCGGCGCCAUCUACGCCGACCCCACAGAAGACAACGGCUGUGUAGGCGGCUGUUCAAAUGGAGCCGACGAAAUCGUCCGCGCCUCGCUGGGUCGCAUGGUCAAAACAAUCGAUUUGUCAAAGCUGUUCAUCGUCCAGAUCGCAGAUGCCGAGCGCCUCACCCAGCCCCUCCGCCCGGGUCAUCCUUACUACAAUGAGGAACAACCCAGUCGCCUCAGCUGGUCCCGGAACUGCCGGCUGUUUCUGUGCGAAGAUGACCGUGGCGGAUUUCUUCCUGUUAUUGAGAUUCUACAGACCAUUCUUGAUCUAGGUUGGACAGGGUAUCUCGCAUAUGAGCUGUUCUCGCGAACUUUGUUGGACAGUGACCCACGGACACCGGCACAGCAUGCGGAGAGGGCGCAGCGAUCCUGGGAGAGACUGAGUUUUAUCGAGCAGCAGCGGAAGGAUCGGACCGCUGCAAAUGGCAUUAAAGCCUCAGCUGCUGGUCUGGAGGAGAAGACCGGAAAUGAGACAGAAUCAAAGACACCGGACCGGAGGUCCCGGUGGAGUUGUGUCAUUAUGUGA